UGGUGCCGGCGGCAGUUGUCGUGCAUCUGCUGCUUUUAUUAUUACCUCAUUUUAUUUUUGAUUAUUUUUUAUCUAAAUCCAUAAAAUGGGAAGCAUAUUACUUGUCAACUCAACAGGAAUCUUAGAAAAGUCCAAGGAACCGUAUUUACUAGAUGCGAAGCCAGUUACAAAACAAUACGUCCAAGUGGCAAAGCUGCCCGUGCCCGAGCUUCAAGCUACCCUCGACUCGUACUUGGACUUCGCGGCCGUCAUAGUGAACCAGCAUCAGCUUCAGAAGACGCAGGAGAUCGUAAAGAAGUUCGCCGAGGAGCUGGGACCCAAGAUGCAGAACGUACUUUUCGAUCGACAGAAAGAAAUGAUUAACUGGGUGACAGAGUGGUGGUUGGAUGAUAUGUAUCUCAAGAUCCGUCUCCCGGUUCCUAUUAACUCCAACCCAGGAAUGGUGUUUCCUCGGAAGCAGUUCGCCAAAAUAGAUGAGGUCGCUGAUCUAGCCGCGCUCUACGUCGACGAUCUCUUGGACUAUAAAGAAAUGCUCGACAGAGGUGAGCUACCACAAGAAAGAGCGACCAGCAGGGAGAAAGGCCAACCUCUAUGUAUGGAACAGUUCUACCGUCUACUGGGAGUGUGUCGUAUUCCCGAAGUGGGCAAAGAUCGCCUCGAGCUGCCACCUAGACCUGACGAUCCGUCUGAAUGUGAGGAGCUGAUCAUUGUUGCUUGCCGAAACUAUUUCUAUCCAAUACCAGUGAAAGCAGCAGACCGCGGGCGGUUGACUCCUGGCGAAAUUCAAGCUCAGAUCCUACAUGCCAUGGUGGACGCGGCCGGCGCCCCGCCAGCUCCAAGAGUUGGACUCCUCACAGCUAUGAACAGGGAUCAGUGGGCAAGGGCGAGAGAACAACUAGUUAAAGAAGAGGCGAAUCGUGCAAACUUGGAGCUGAUAUCUCGUUCUCUGUGCGUGUUGUGUGUGGAUGAGGCGGGCGGUGAUCGCUCCGACUUGGACGAGAACACCAACGCUCUGCUGAGGGCGAUGCACGGUGCCGGAACCAACUAUCACUCCGCCAACAGAUGGUUUGAUAAGACUGUGCAGCUGAUAAUAUCGUCGGAUGGCACUGUGGGUAUGUGCUACGAACAUAGCCCGGCAGAGGGCGUUGCAGUUAUACGUCUAGCAGAACGUGCGCUAGCUAGGGCUGACGUGGCACCACGACCCGCACCGCCGCCCGCGCUUCUACCUGCCCCUGUCGCAAUGAAGUGGAAAUUGACUGGAGAUCUAAUGAGAACCAUAGAACAAGCUGGGAGGGACUUUGACCGGGCCAUAUUGGACCUUGAUCUAAAGGUCUACACGUACCGUGGAUACGGCCGUGAGUUCAUGAAGAGCUGCCGCACUAGCCCCGACGUCUAUAUUCAGCUGGCAUUGCAGUAUGCUUAUUACAAGAUGUAUGGUUACUUGGUGUCGACUUAUGAAUCAGCGUCGCUCCGUCGCUUCCACAACGGCCGGGUCGACAAUAUUCGCAGUGCGCACUCCGCAGCAUUAUCCUGGGCCGCCGCCAUGUCGUCCACCGAUAUGUCCCAAGAGGACGAGGGAAGGAAGGUCUCUUUUAACUUGUAUGGAGAACAAAAGAAGCUCGAAUUGUUUGAAGAAGCGACUCGUAAGCAGACGGCUAUAAUGGAAGCGAAUAUCCAAGGUCGCGGUAUUGACAAUCACCUGCUGGGUCUGCGCGAGGCGGCGCGGGAGACGCUGGGACACCUGCCCGACAUGUUUACUGACAACACCUACAAUAGAAUGAUAGAGUUCAAGCUGUCCACCAGUCAGGUGGCCACAACCACCGAGGGUACGUUCAUGGGCUACGGCGCGGUUGUUCCUGAUGGCUAUGGCUGCAGCUACAAUCCCAAGCGUGACUCCGUCAUUUUCUGCAUCUCUUCUUUCGCCUCCUCCAGUGUCACUAACACUGAAGCCUUCCGUCAAGCUCUCGAAGAAGCCCUCGACGCCAUGAAGCUCAUGUUCCAGAACAAGAAAGCUGAAGGUUGACUUUGGAACGACGAUUACUCAUUUCCUAUUUAUAUAUUUUUUUAUUUUAUAAAUUUUAUUAGCGUUAUAUGAAACUAUAUUGGAAACGAAAGUGCUAUGAAAUGUUUAAACUAAAUCUAAAAAUGCACGUUAUAUUUUUAACAUUACACUUAGAAAAAUAUAAUUAAGGAACAAAAACAUAUCAACGUUAGUCUGAAUGUUAUGAAUUAAAAAAAUAUCUUGAUAUUAACUUAAUAGCCUUUAUAUUUAUGAAUUUAUAUAUAUUUGGAAGAAACGUAUGUCGAGUGAUUAUUUCGAGUGUACACAAAACUAGUGUACACUUUAUAUAUAAUUUACAUUAAAAAUGUCGACAGCUAGGUAUACAAAUGCAUAAAACGAGUGACAUUUCACCGUUUUUUAUAAAAUGUUAUUCUAUAUUUAUCAAUAUAGUAUAUUGCCGUGACGGAAGUCUUAUGUCUCAAUGAUGAGUUCAAAUUAUUAGGACGUUAAUUGUGUGUAGUGUUCUCUUGUUACGUUACGUUAUGACAUUCAGUGUUACCAACAUUCAAAAUGUUUGUUUUAAAUAUAUUGAUUAGAAAACGUGGCUUAUGAUCUGUAUAUUUUGGAAAUUGUGAUGUUUUGCAAUACUUACUAUAUUAUGUAUUUUCUUAUUAUAAUGUUACUUAUUUGCUCUAUACGUAUUCAUAUUAAUACUAUUAUAGUACACGUUGUUAGAUAAUUGAUGGAAUUUUUAAAGUUCUCGUAGAAUUUCGCAAGGUAUUUAUUAAAUCUUCGACUUAUUGAUAUAUCUUGUUUUACAAAAUAUAAAUACUUAUAAUUUUAAAUUAUAUUUUAUAUACAUAUAUAUAUAUUAAGAUUUAUCUGAGAGCGCAGCUUGUGACAGCUUGUGACAGUUGUUAUAAUGACUGGUUCUCGUAAUUCCUUGUUUGGUAGGUCUAGUGUAAGCUAACGUAUACAUAUCGAGACGUCAUGUCGCACAUGACCGAGAAUAUCAGAAACAUAUCAAACGUUAUUAAGAUAGUUGUAAGGGAACGGCACAUAUCAAAAUGUACCUUAGGAUUGAUAAGAAUAUAUUUAUAUGACAUAUAAUGUGUUAAAUGUAUUGAAAUUAGCUAAAUGUUUAAUACUAUCUACAAUCGUAGGGAUAUACUUACAUGUAUAACACAUAUCACUAGGAGAUAGUACUUGUUAUAGUUGUGAAAACUUUAUAGUUUGUAGACGAGCCAAGCUUACGUGUUCUUUGUGUUCUGCCAAAGUGUCUAGUGUCAUCUAUUAUAUUUCUUGUUGGUGUUAAGUGUACUCGUUUUAGGGUUGUAGGGCUAUUAUAAUAGCUGCGUUCGUGACUAACGUCCUCUACAGUGUACAUCUAACUUAUAGUGUCCUCUGAGAGAGUUUAUAUGCGUAUUAGGAAAAUUGUUACCGAGGGAUUUUAAUCCUAAUUUAGCGUGUUUAAUUAUCUUAUUAUACCUAAGGUUACACUACUGUAUACAUCCUAUCUAAAUGUUAUUUCCUAUCUGAAUGUUAGGUGGCAUGUCCAGGCUGGAACCAACAGCUUACCAUCUGUGUCAAUUUCAUGUUGCUAUUCAUAAAUUGUCUCUAUUGAAAA